AAUCUGCUAUCUAUUUCUAUCUCUUGAGCCCGGGCAACACCUCUGAACUCAGCCGGCAAUGUCUGGACGCGGCGGCGGUGGUCGCGGUGGUCGCGGUGGGCGUGGGGGAGGACGAGGCGGUUUCGGUCGUGGUCGAGGAUCGUUCGGCGGCCCCUCCCUCCCACCUGGUGUCGACUUUCGAGAUAUUCAAGCCAGCAUGGCUGCUCCCUCUGCUCAAUAUCCUCCGAUGGAUAUCCCCAGUAUGACCCCUCUCGAAGCGAGGGAGAGCAAGGCCGUCCAGUACCAGGUUGAGAUAGUAGAACGGAUGAAGGGUGGGAAGUACUGGAUUGUUGAAGAGCAGAGCAAGCGGAACAAUGAGAUCGAGCGAUGGUUUGACCAUUUGAGGCAGAAGGAGAAGAUAGAAGUGAAGAUCGGGUUGAGAGCGGAAGACCUGAAUCAGGAGUUUUUUCCUGCUAGUUUGUGGGAUGGGUACUUCAACCCGACGAAGAAGCAGAGAGUUGUGGAACCGAAGAAGCAGAAACGAAAGAGAAAGCUGGACAUCGAUGCCCUUGGGAUUGACGAUAAAGAUGGUGAAGGGAAAGCGAACGAUGACGACCUGGAUGACGACGAAGAAGAACAGCAGGACGACUAUGAUGUAGAAGACUUGGAAGGGGGGGAUGAUUAUGAAGCUAACUACUUCGACAAUGGAGAAGCUGAUGACGACGAUGAUGGGAACGAUGACGGUGAUCGCGGCGAUUACGAUUGA